CUCCUCCUCAGACGUUUUGCAUUAGAUUUGCAAAAUGAUGAGCAUCUCUUUGAUCUGGGGGAUUGUUAUAGCAGUGUGGUGUUGUUUAUGGUUUCUUCUUGGAACAAGGAGAAGGCAAAUGGGUGAACCACCUCUGGAGAACGGGUUGAUUCCAUAUCUGGGUUGUGCUCUGCAAUUUGGUGCCAAUCCUCUUGAGUUCCUCAGAGCAAAUCAAAGGAAACAUGGUCAUGUUUUCACCUGCAAACUAAUGGGAAACUAUGUCCACUUCAUCACCAAUCCCUUGUCAUACCAUAAAGUGUUGUGCCAUGGGAAAUACUUUGAUUGGAAAAAAUUUCACUUCACUGCUUCUGCAAAGGCCUUUGGACACAGAAGCAUUGACCCGAGUGAUAUAAAUACGACUGACAACAUAAGUAAAACUAUCAGCAAGACCCUGCAGGGCGAUGCCUUGAAUUCCCUCACAGAAGCCAUGAUGGAAAACCUCCAACUUGUCCUGAGACCACAGGUGGUUCCCAAGCCCAAGACGCCCGCCUGGAUGACAGAGGGGAUGUAUUCCUUCUGCUACCGAGUGAUGUUCGAAGCUGGGUAUUUCACGCUCUUUGGCAGAGAUCUUACAGGGCAAGAUGCACAAAAAGCACUCAUUCUAAAUAACCUCGACAACUUCAAGCAAUUUGACAAAAUCUUUCCAGCCCUCGUAGCAGGCUUCCCCAUUCAUGUGUUCAAGACAGGACGCUACGCCAGGGAGAAACUGGAGGAAGGCUUGCGGCUCCAGAAACUCAGAAAGAGAGACCACAUCUCGGAACUUGUCACGUUUCUCAACGACACGCUCCCCACCUUGGACGACUCGGAGAAAGCCAAGUCGUGCCUCGCUGUCCUCUGGGCCUCGCAAGCAAACACCAUUCCGGCCACUUUCUGGAGCUUAUUUCAAACGAUUAGGAACCCGGAGGCCAUGAAAGCAGCCACUGAAGAAGUGAAUAAAACGCUAGAGAACGCUGGUCAAAAAAUUAGCUUUGAAGACAGUCCUGUUUAUUUGAACCAGACGCAACUGGAUGACAUGCCCGUGCUAGACAGUAUCAUCAAGGAGUCUCUGAGACUUUCCAGUGCCUCCCUCAACAUUCGGACUGCUAAAGAGGAUUUCACUUUGUACCUCCAGGAUGGUUCCUAUAACAUCCGCAAAGAUGACAUCAUAGCUCUUUAUCCGCAGUUAAUGCAUUUAGAUCCAGAAAUCUACCCAGACCCUUUGACUUUUAAAUAUGAUCGCUAUCUUGAUGAAAAUGGCAAGACAAAGACCACUUUCUAUAGUAAUGGACUCAAGUUAAAGUAUUACUACAUGCCCUUUGGGUCAGGCGCUACUAUAUGUCCUGGAAGAUUAUUUGCUGUCCAGGAAAUCAAGCAAUUUUUGAUUCUGAUGCUUUCCUAUUUUGAACUGGAGCUCGUGGACAGCUGUGUUAAAUGUCCCCCUUUGGACCAGUCCCGGGCAGGCUUGGGCAUUUUACCACCAUUAAAUGAUAUCGAGUUUAGAUAUAAAUUCAAACAUCUGUGAACAUAUGAUUGGAAAAAGAGGACCCCGAUGCUGUUAUAAGACUGCAGGACACCAUCACUUACCAGUCUCGUUGGACAGAUGAGUUUAGUGGUAGUGGAACAGACGCAGCAGGUCCAGUUCUAUUCACCAGUGCUUGCUUGUGAAUAUUAACAUUUUGGUGACAGUUUCCAGAUGCUAUUUCAGACUCUGCAA